UCAUUGUUUUAAUACAAAAUGUCUACUUGGCCUCAUUUUGGUACCAAUGCUAUACACGUUGGACAGGACCCAGAACAAUGGAACUGUAAAGCAAUAGUACCGCCAAUAUUCACCUGCACCACUUAUAAACAAGAUGAACCAGGAAAACCACCCAUGCAUGAUUACAUUAGGGAUGGUAAUCCAACUAGAACUGCAUUAGAGAAGUCACUGGCAGCUUGUGAAGGAGCACAAUAUGCUCAUACAUUCAGUUCUGGUAUGUCAGCAGUAUCAACAGUGAUGCAGGCUUUACUAAAAUCAGGAGACCACAUUGUAUCAGUUAAUGAUGUGUAUGGAGGAGUGAACAGGUUCUUUAGGAAAAUAGCCAGUAACUUCAAUAUCAGUGUCACACUGGUUGAUGCUACUGAUACUAGUAAUGUACUGAAUGCUAUUAAGGAUAAUACUAAGAUGUCUACUUGGCCUCAUUUUGGUACCAAUGCUAUACACGUUGGACAGGACCCAGAACAAUGGAACUGUAAAGCAAUAGUACCGCCAAUAUUCACCUGCACCACUUAUAAACAAGAUGAACCAGGAAAACCACCUAUGCAUGAUUACAUUAGGGAUGGUAAUCCAACUAGAACUGCAUUAGAGAAGUCACUGGCAGCUUGUGAAGGAGCACAAUAUGCUCAUACAUUCAGUUCUGGUAUGUCAGCAGUAUCAACAGUGAUGCAGGCUUUACUAAAAUCAGGAGACCACAUUGUAUCAGUUAAUGAUGUGUAUGGAGGAGUGAACAGGUUCUUUAGGAAAAUAGCCAGUAACUUCAAUAUCAGUGUCACACUGGUUGAUGCUACUGAUACUAGUAAUGUACUGAAUGCUAUUAAGGAUAAUACUAAGCUGGUAUGGAUGGAGUCUCCCACUAAUCCUACACUGACUGUCAUUGACAUUGCAGCUGUUUCUGAGAUUGCACACAAGAAGAUACCGCCCACAAAAACUAAUUAGAUUAAAUUGACCCCGCCCCUUUAGAGAUGCACUGUCGUGGUUGAUAAUACAUUCUUGACUCCGUAUUUUCAACGUCCUUUGUCAUUGGGGGCUGACUUGGUCCUUCAUUCAAUGACUAAAUAUUUGAAUGGAUACUGUGAUGUGUUGAUGGGCAAUGAUAAGGAGAUUCAUGAAAAAUUGAAAUUCCUACAAUUAGCUGUCGGUGCUAUUCCCAGUCCUUUUGAUUGUUAUUUGGCUAAUCGUGGAUUAAGGACACUCCACGUUCGUAUGAGGGCUCACGCUGAGAAUGCAAUGACUGUGGCAAAGUAUCUUGAAUCAUCACCAUUAGUGGAGAACACCAUUUACCCUGGUCUGCCCUCUCAUCCUCAACACGAGUUAGCUAAGAAACAAGCCAAAGGAUUCGGUGGUAUGGUUUCCUUCAGAAUAAAAGGAGAUUCAAGCACUGCUAAAGCAUUCUUCAAACAUCUUAAGAAUGGUUUUAUAUUGGAAGGAUUAUUAUUAUGGAAGAGUAAUCUUGAUAAACAUUUUGCUGGUUUGGAUGACUGCAUGAUAUGCUUCAGUAUCAUUCAUGGAUCUAAUUAUUCACUACCUAAAAUGAUAUGUAGAACUUGCAAGAAGAGAUUUCAUUCAUCAUGUCUGUAUAAAUGGUUCAGUACUAGUAACAAGAGCAGUUGUCCUCUCUGCAGGAACAUUUUCUAA